AUGGACCAUCCAUCGACCUUGCUGACAGCUCAAGGUAUCACAGAAACUAUUUAUCGCCCUCAGACAGUUAUUAACCUUCGAGAGUCGAGAGACGGCUGUAACAUGACGCCAACUAUACCAUCCAGAGAAUGUAAUAUUCCUCCGACGCCACCAGGUUUGCCACACAACGAAGUUGGUACUCCUCCCCGUAAGGAUGAAGAGAUCACCUCUCAUGACAAGUCCAGCAGCGACGAUGCACAACAAGACCUGCUCCCGAUGUCCCUAUCGAAAUAUCGCAAAGAACAGCACGACAUAGCCAAGCGUUGCAACAAGGUUCUGGACAAGGCAAUUCAAAAAGCCAAAACUCGUUCGAGUUGGCACCGAGAAGUGUCGAAACUGUGCAAUCAGCGGGCGGAAAGAUGGAAAGAGGCCCUGGAAGUAGCGACCCAUGACUACGAUGAAGCCAAUGAAGAUGCGCUGCAGAUUCGUAGUGAGGCGGACAACAUCAUCAGCUUUAUCAGCCUUGCCGAGAAGAUGCCAGCCAGUAUCAAACCAGCGCCCGAAAACAUGGCAUCUUACAGGGAAACGUUGGCCAACUUCGAGGCACGCCACAAGGGUGCAUUACUAUUCGCAGAAGAAUAUAAACACUCAAAGGAACAAAUAUCUAGAGUGCUUGAAAAGCUGUCACGAAGGAUUAAGUACGAGGAAGAAAAGGUCCAGGAGGAUAUUGAACAGCUUGUUCAGAUCGACGGGAAGGAUGCCAUAAAGCUUUUUGAGGCUCACCCACGCUUUUUCAAGGAUUUAGAGGCUAUGAACGUUCACUUUAGACAGGGUGCGCUCUGCUCCUCGAUGGUGAAGCUAUCGCUUGCUCUGUGGAUAUUUUACUGCUUUCUUGAAGUAGAUUGCUGGCCGACAACACGGCCAGGCAGGGGCAGUCCCCCCCUCAAGAUUGAUCUGAUUUUCCCACGCAAUGAGACAUACAACCCAUCGCCGAUGUUCCCUAUCAUAUUCUCCUACGGGAACCCCGAGAUGAUACCACUUUUCGAGCCUAUUAUCUCCUAUACUGUCUGGAACCCCAGCAACUACAACAAGUCUAUCCACGCUGAGCUUAGAGACAAACCUUUCGUCAACUUCUCUAGCAGUAACCCACACAUUGAAUUCGACUACUAUUCUUAUCCUUUUAACACUGAGGGUACAUGGGAACUAUCCGUCCAUCUUCGCUGGGCGAACUGUUAUAUGCAGUCUCCCAGGGAGCGUGAUCUGGACGAACGGGUUAGGAUGAGGAGGAAUUUCACCACUCUUGGCACAGUCGUCUUCACCACAAAAGGUCCCUUGAAGCAAGUUGAUCUUGCUGACGCGACUAACAACGAAACUUGCUCAAAUCCUAUCGGACUCUCCAUCGACACUGGAGAAUGGAAGUUUCCAAUAUUCGACGACGCGCAUGAUGUUGACUUCGUAGGGUCCUCUUGUAUCGUGCCUCAAUCUCUAGUCGAGGCAGACAGUGCAGCUGGCCAGGAGAUGAGCCUGAUGGAGUGGAUUCCUAAGAAGGCAUAA